AUGUCAACAAAACCAUCACAGUCUUCAUUGCAACGCGGUUCGUAUCUUGACAAAGUAUUAGAGACUUUAAAAACAAGCGGAUUUUAUUGGGGAACGUUAAAUGCUAAUCAAUCAAAAGCUUUAUUAAUAAAGAAAAAACCUGGAUCGUUUCUUAUUCGUGCUAGUUCAGACCCGAAACAUUUAUUCACGUUGAGCUUGAGGACAGAGUUAGGAGUGACAAACAUCAGGAUCGUCAUGUGCGACGGAAAAUUCUCCUUGGAUCAAAACAAUGGGACAAGUGCUCACGCUGGUGGAAAUCAACAGGGCUCGCCGAAGUUUGACUGCGUUGUAAAGUUAGUAUUUUAUUAUAUUCUGCUUUCUAAGCGAAGAAACAAUCGACAGAAGUCUUCAUACGCUGGAACCCGUGACAAGGUUGCUCAUUUGUCGCUAACAUCACCUCUGUACAAAGAGGUAUCAAGCUUAAAACAUUUAUGUCGACGGACAUUGAAUCGACAACUUAUCGGAGAGAGCGUUCAUCGAUUACCUGUUCCUUCAAAGCUUAAAGUUUACUUGAGGAGUUACCAAUAUCCAGUUUGA